AAAAAUAAAAUUACAAUUUUAUUAACUCUGAUAUGUUUACUCCAAUUAACUCUAUAAAUUAUAACAUAUAAAAUAUCAUCCGCCUAGUAUUAAUAUAAAGCUGUCACAUUUGGCAACUAAUUUGGCACUUGUGAUUACUUAACCAAACAAAUAAAAGGAGAUCACAAAAGGACAGUAGGAUUUGGUAGUCUCAUCCCAUUAAGCAUAUUGUUUCAUUUAAUAAUCGAACAAAAGCAUUAAGAGAGAGAAAGAGAUAGACAUGUACUCUUUUAUUGGGAAAAAGAUAGAGAUGUACUUAAUUAGUGAAAAGGAGGGUAAGUUUGAGUUUGGAAGGUUUUGUUUGCUUACGUGAGGUAUGAGAAGGGUUUUGGGGUUAGUCUGUUGACUUUGCAAUUAUUCAAAACAAUGCUCAAAAUUCUCUUUAUUAUUAAUCAAAUGAAAAAAAAAAUAUAUUUAAAAAUUUGAAAGGAAACUCAACCGCUCGCUUUCUUGAGUAGCGACUAUUUCACUUUGGAGCUAAUACACUAAUGGCAAACCCACCUCAACCACUGCAUAUCUCCCUCUCUAUGUAUAAUGUAACCCAUAUCUUUUAACUAUUAUCUUCACAUUUGCAUUACAUAUAUAGUCAAGUAAGUGAUGACUUUUCUUCUAUGCAUUGUUUUUCUUCUCUUUAAAUGAUUCUCUGACCAAGUUUGACGUUCACACAUUAUAUUAUAAUAAUAUGCAUAUAAAUAUAUACACGUAUUUCAUUUUUCCAAUACGACUCCUUCUGAAUAGCAGUAGUAGAAAAUAGGUAGCUAUACCUAAAAGAUUGUCAUUAAUGGCUGACAAACUUUGUGGUCUCAUUCAAGUUUCUUAUCCUGCUGUUCUCACCUGUUUCCAAUAAUAAAGAAGAAUCACCCAGGCUCUCUUAAUUCAUUCAAGAUUAUCGCAAUCCAAGAUCAAGUACAGCUAAUGCCACCGCCCAUAGCUACCAUCUCAUCUUUGACACGCUGCAUGUAAUGGUAGCUUAGCUCACUUCAUGAAGUUGUACUAUACACUAUAAACGACAGUAUUAUGAGUGAGUGAGCUUACGUUUUAAUUUAUCAUUGUGAAGAGACAACAAAGAGUGAAAGUAGAUAUGAGUUGUAAUAAGUCUCUGUUUUUUGUGGUUUUCUUAGUUAUCUCAUCUGGGUUUACUGUAUUGGUACGAGGCAAAGAAAAAAUUGAUCGAAACAGCUCCACCUUGAGGACUCUUUUGGAGAUAAAGAAAGCUAUUGUGGAUGACCCAGAAAAAGUUUUGCAUGGUUGGAGUCAUAACAAUACCAACUUCUGUAAGUGGAGAGGAGUUUCGUGUGGCCGAGUUGAUGGGUCAGUUCGAGUUAUGGGGCUCAACCUAUCCGACUCCUCACUUGGGGGGUUGAUAUCUCCUUCAGUGGGUCGUUUAGGAGACCUGGUUCAGCUUGAUCUUUCUUCUAACCACCUCACUGGGCCCAUCCCACCCACCCUUUCGAACCUUACUCGGUUGGAAUCUUUGCUUCUCUUUACUAACCAACUCAGUGGGCCCAUCCCCACUCAGCUUGGCUCCCUUACCACCCUCCGAGUCAUGCGAAUAGGCGACAAUGUUGGACUCACCGGCCCCAUUCCGGCAUCGUUUGGGAACCUUCUCAACUUGGAAGCUCUGGGUUUGGCUUCGUGCAGUCUCACCGGUCCAAUACCGCCGGAACUGGGGCGACUUAGUAGACUCCAAAAUCUUAUCUUACAAGAAAACCAGCUGUACGGUCCGAUUCCAGCCGAGUUAGGCAACUGUUCCAGUCUCGAAAUAUUCACGGCGGCUAACAAUGACAUCAAUGGAUCGAUCCCUGUAGAGUUGGGUCAUCUCCAAAAUCUCCAAAACCUCAACCUCAUCAACAACAGCCUCUCCGGCAAGCUACCAAGUGAACUCGGAGAAUUGAGUCAACUGGUCUACUUGAACCUCGCUGGGAACCAGCUCGAAGGUCCAAUCCCCAAGUCUUUUACUCAACUGAGCAAUCUUUAUAAUCUUGAUUUAUCACACAACAAGCUCACGGGCGGUAUUCUAGGGGAGUUUGGCAACAUGGGCCAACUGGGGUUCUUGGUUCUAUCAAACAACAAUCUGUCAGGCAUAAUCCCAAGAAAAAUAUGCUCCAACGCCACCAGUUUGGAGCAUCUUUUCUUGUCAGAGACUCAAAUUCACGGUGAGAUUCCGGUGGAGCUGAGUAAAUGUACCUCGCUUACUCAGCUCGACUUAUCCAACAACACGCUUAAUGGGUCUAUUCCGGUCGAAAUUUACGGUUUAGCGGGAUUGACUGAUCUCUUGCUCAACAACAACACCUUAACCGGUUCGAUAUCUCCCUUCAUUGGGAACCUCACCAAUCUCGUGACUCUCACGCUGUACCACAACAAUUUACAGGGCACUCUGCCUAAAGAGAUUGGAAAGUUGGGAAAGCUCGAAACUUUUUAUCUGUAUGAGAAUCAGCUAUCUGGGGAAAUUCCCAUGGAGAUUGGAAGCUGUUCAAGUCUACAAAUGGUUGACUUUUUCGGAAACCAAUUCACUGGGGAGAUUCCCAUCACUAUUGGAAGGCUUAAAGAUUUGAACUUGCUUCAUUUGAGGCAAAAUGGGCUGGUGGGGGGACUUCCAGCAACUUUGGGAAACUGUCAGAAAAUGACUAUCCUUGAUUUAGCGGAUAAUCAUCUCUCUGGUGGCAUUCCUGCCACUUUCGGUUCUCUUUUUGCUUUGGAGCAGCUUAUGUUGUAUAACAAUUCCCUUGAAGGUAAUCUUCCUGAUUCGCUAGCUAGACUAUCAAAUUUGACAAGAGUGAAUCUCUCUAGAAACAGAUUCAAUGGUAGUAUUGCUGCCUUGUGUACUUCUCAUUCUUUUCUCUCGUUUGAUGUAACUGACAAUAAAUUUGAUCAUGAGAUUCCUCCUCAGCUGGGGAAUUCUCCUCUACUUGAGAGGUUGAGAUUAGGAAGCAAUCAGUUUACUGGUAAUAUCCCAGGGACAUUGGGGAAAAUCCAUCAACUGUCAUUGUUAGACCUCUCUGGCAAUUCACUCACUGGUUCCAUACCAGGUGAGCUCUCACGUUGUAACAAACUUGCCCAUGUUGUUUUAAACAAUAACCUUCUCUCCGGUAUGCUACCAGCCUGGCUUGGAAGAUUAGUUGAGCUGGGAGAGUUGAGGCUGUCAUCUAAUAUGUUCUCGGGUUCGAUUCCUCGACAACUUUUCAAUUGUUCAAAGCUCCUUGUACUUUCUCUUGAUGGAAAUUCUCUUAAUGGAACUGUGCCCGAAGAUAUUGGUAAUUUGGUUUCACUUAAUGUCCUCAACCUUCAACAUAACCAUUUCUCGGGACAGAUUCCUCCAACUAUAGGAAAGUUGGCCAAGCUUUAUGAGCUCAAGCUUUCUGAGAACAGCUUCAAUGGAGCAAUACCUGUGGAGAUUGGACAACUGCAGAAUCUUCAGAGCGUUCUGGACCUCAGCCGCAACAAUCUGAGUGGUGAAAUCCCACCUGCUAUUGGGUCGCUUACAAAACUUGAAGCCCUUGAUCUUUCGAGUAAUCAACUUGUUGGAGAAGUCCCUCCCCAAGUUGGUGAGAUGAGCAGCCUGGUAAAGCUCAACCUCUCAAACAACAUUCUACAAGGGAAGUUAGGGAAACAAUUUUCACACUGGCCUAUUGAAGCAUUCCAGGGAAAUUUUCAGCUUUGUGGAGACCCUCUAGACAAAUGCACUGUCUCUAAAAAUCAGAAAGCUGGCCUAAGCCCAGUAUUAGUUGUGGUAAUUUCUGCAGUGUGUACAUUAACUGCAAUUGCUCUGCUGUUAUUAGUGGCAGCUAAGUUUUUCAGACACAGGAAAGAGUCUUAUGGCAGAGCCAGUGAUGUAAACUACAUAUACUCAUCAAGUUCUUCUGCCACUCAGCGGAGGCUUCUCUUUCCAAAUGGUUCAGCAAAGCGAGAUUUGAAAUGGGAAGACAUCAUGGAAGCUACACACAAUCUGAGCAGUGAGUUUAUAAUUGGCUCAGGAGGGUCAGGAGUAAUCUUCAAAGCAGAAUUGUCCAAUGGAGAAACUGUAGCAGUCAAGAAGAUUUCAUCCAAAGACGAUCUCCUAGCUAACAAAAGCUUCACGAGGGAGGUGAAGACGCUAGGGAGGAUAAGACACAGGCAUCUGGUAAAGUUAGUGGGAUAUUGUAGCAAUAGAGGAGCUGGUGCUAAUAUGCUGAUAUACGAGUACAUGGAGAAUGGAAGCGUUUGGGAUUGGCUUCACAAACAGCCUUUAACUACCAAGAAGAAGAGGAGUCUUGAUUGGGAAAAUAGAUUAAAGAUUGCUGUGGGAUUAGCUCAAGGAGUGGAAUAUCUUCACCAUGAUUGUGUCCCAAUGAUCAUACACAGAGACAUUAAGUCGAGCAAUAUCUUGCUGGACUCGAACAUGGAGGCACAUCUGGGGGAUUUCGGGCUUGCAAAGCCACUCGUUGAGUUUGAUGGAAACACAGAAUCAAACACAUGGUUUGCUGGCUCAUUUGGCUACGUUGCACCGGAGUAUGCAUAUUCGUUGAAGGCGACAGAGAAGAGUGAUUGUUACAGCAUGGGAAUUGUUCUAAUGGAGCUUGUUAGUGGAAAGAUGCCUACUGAUGAAGCUUUCGGGGUGGAAAUGGACAUGGUGAGAUGGGUGGAAAGUCGAAUGGCAAUGGAAGGUAGCUGCCGUGAGGACCUGAUUGACCCAGCUUUGAAACCACUCUUGCCAGGAGAAGAGUAUGCAGUGUUCCAGGUACUUGAAAUAGCAAUGCAGUGCACAAAAACCAGUCCCCAGGAAAGGCCCACGUCCAGACAAGUUUGUGAUCAGUUGCUUCAUGUUUUUAACCAUAAGGUGGUGAAUUUUGAAAAGUCUAAUGUGGAUAACUAUGCAUAAGUAAUUUAAUUGUCUAUGAAGAUUGAACAUCUUAUACAUAAUUUUAUUUUGUAGCUUUCUAUUUGUUCUGUUUCAAAAGUGUUCCAUUUACUACUA